UUUGCAAGUCAAGAACCCUAAAACGAGAUCGAUAUAUCAACCACCUAGCUCCAAAGAUCUCUCUCGCAGAAAUAUAUAAAUUCGAUUAAUAUGGACGGCCACAUGCACGGGAUGGCACCACCGGGCCAAAACGGCACCGGAAACACGCACAACUCGGUGAUGCAUAUGACCUUUUUUUGGGGCAAGAACGUUGAUAUUCUUUUUAACGAUUGGCCAGGUCAGAAUUCCGGUGGCAUGUACGUAUUAGCCUUAUUUGUGGUCUUCGUUUUGGUUAUGAUUGUUGAGUGGCUGUCUCACUCGAAUUUAAUUAAACAAGGUUCGAACCAUGUUGUUGCGGGAUUGGUACAAACUCUAAUGCAUGCUAUGAGGGUUGCACUGGCUUAUAUUGUGAUGCUUGCUGUUAUGUCUUUUAAUGGUGGUGUGUUGAUUGUAGCGGUGGCUGGACAUUCUUUAGGGUUUCUGAUUUUUGGUAGCAGGGUUUUUAGGAAGGCUUCUGAUGGUGAUGACAAAGUUUCGGAUCUGCCUCCUUUGAGCACUUGUUGAUCCUUGCUAAUGUUUGGUUUUUAUGUUGUGUUGUGAUAUUUCCGUUUGUUUGAAUAAAUUUGGUAUGUUGAUAACCUUGUUGUUAUGGGCAAUUUUGAGAUGACAUGAAAUUAAAAGUACUGCAAUUAAGUGCACCCUAUAUAAA